CAUAAAAGUACUGGUAAACGCUGGGGAUGUUAACACUCGGUAAAGUAUAAUAUUACCUGUCAAAUAAGAUGGUACAAAUAUGUGUAGUUAAAUAUUUUUUACAUGGUUAAUAACAUCUUUCCAAUGAUUACUCAUUCGUGUUACUUAGUGCAGUAAAUACGUGUUACUUAUUGCAGUAAAAACAACUCAUCGCAUGAACCAUCCUGCGCUCCUAGAAUAUCAACUCUGUCAAUGCAUUAAACGUAAGAUUAUAUAUUUUCUUUAAACAUUCGACUGCGGAGUCACUUGAGUUGAAUUUGAGUGGUGAUGAUUGUGCACCGUGCCUCGAUCUUGUUCAAAGCGCGCGACCCUUCUGCAGUGCGUGACCUACUCACCUCUUGCCACGUAAAAUGUUAAACUUUCUAUUUAAUGUCGGUUAAUUUUGAGUAAUUUUCUUCAGUUUGUUGUCCAUCUGAAAAUCCAUAUAUUUAUUCAUUUCAAAGUUCGAUUAAAACGUCCAGUUAAAAGUUCGGUGACAAGGGACGAUUGACAUGGCGCGCAGUCCUCACCAUAGCGCGAGAGGAGGAAUCGCGAGCGCGCGAGGCAAAACUUAAAUAGAAAAUAUUUCGUUGGAAUUAAAUGAGUAGUAUGUUUAAGCAUCUUGUCUUGCAAAAAAUUCGAGUGCGUUUUAAAUAGUGUUCAUCAGUAACACUUUUGAAAACCGACAAUCAUCAUAUCUUGCCCUGACCGAACAAUGUCUCCCAAAUGUUGGUUGUUCACUUGUUUAGAAUUAUAAUUUAUAUCGUGAGCAUUGUCGUAUAUUGCAUAAGUAACGUACAUUAAAGAAGUGAUCUUCGUGAUGAUGUAUUAACUAGAUGCAUGUAAGUAUGAACGUUACGGGAGUAAUCGAGCCCAAAGGCAGGCGUGAUAAACACAGUGAGUAUGGUGGCAACUCCCUCACUAGAGCUGAGUGCUGGAUGAUCUCAGCGACGUCCGCAUUCAGUACGCCGCUUCUAUAAUAACCUCGGGCCUGGAGGACGCUCGGUUCGAAUUCGUGAGAGCGCUGAUUUCGGUUUCCAAGAGGCGAGGCGAUAAAAGCGACGUCUUGAGAUGGCGGAAACUGCUCCUGCUCAACCACCAGCUGCGGCUACUUCAGCGCCUAAAAGCCCCAAGAAGAAGCGCGCCGCUCCAAAGGCCAAGAAGGUCGGCCCUAGCGUGUCCGAGCUCAUCCUCAAGGCUCUGGCCAGCAGCAAGGAGAGGAACGGCGUGUCUCUUCCUGCGCUCAAAAAGUCGCUUGCUGCCGGAGGAUACGACGUGGAGAAGAACAAUGCCCGCGUGAAGUUGGCCAUCAAGAAGCUCGUGGCCAAAGACGCCGUGGCGCAAGUGAAGGGCAGCGGCGCGUCUGGCUCUUUCAAACUCAACAAGGAAAAGGCUGCCGCAAAGGCGAAGCCCAAGUCGUCAACGGCAAAGCCCGCAGCUAAAAAGCCCGCGGCAGCCAAGAAGGUGAAGAAGCCCGCGGCAGCCAAGAAGACCGCGCCCAAGAAGUCUCCCAAGAAAGCAAAGAAGCCCGCGGCUGCCAAGGCGGCCAAGAGCCCCAAAAAGGUGAAGUCGGCUGUUAAGCCCAAGAAGGCGGCGAAGAGCCCAGCCAAGCCCAAGGCUGCGAAGCCCAAGGUCGCUAAGCCCAAGACCGUCAAGGCCAAGGCCGCCAAACCCAAGGUGGCCAAGCCCAAGAAGGCCGCGGCCAAGCCCAAGAAGACUGCGCCAAAGAAGUGAAUCCGAUGGGACGACCGACGCUCGAUUCACUCCACCUCAACGGCUCUUUUC